CUGCAUAUUGAACGGUACGUUAGCGCGUGAAAUAUCAUUUUCAAUUUUAUCGAAUGUGAACUUCUCACGAAUCGUGUAUCUUUGUAUCUUUUUUUGUUUUUCGUACACAUACGUGAGUAUCUACGUAUCUAUCUUUGGUCGUUGUAAUUGAUUGUGAAAGAUUUCAAAUAAAUUAAAAUAAAUCUUGUUCGUUUUUUGAACCAAGAAUUCAGAUAAAAAAUCUUUGAGAUUAAAAUUUCAAAAAAUAGAUUCACGAGAAUCCAAAGUGAAAAAAUGAUGGAGUGAAUGUUUUGAAGUGAAAGGAAAAUAUCUUCUAUCAAAAAGUGAUGUUUUUUUUUGUCACGAAUAAAAGAUUAAUUGUAUAUCUGAGAGUUGCAGCAUCUGGAAUCUGGAUGAAGGAAAUGGAAGCAUAAUUACGGUACGAGGCUAAAAGUACGGUCGGUCGGUGGAGUCUUUCAACAUUUUUUGUCUGGACUUGGGAUUGGAAUGGAAGCAAAUUUUCUGGAUAAAUUCAGAUGCGAUAUUCCAGAAGAAGAAGAAGAAUCAGAGAUACUCCUGAAAUCAUAGAAUUCUAGCAGUUCUCAGUUCUCAUAUUUUCACCUGUUCGCUUGGAAGGACCACAUCAGUCUAUGCCAACGAAGUGGAGAGAAAUUUUCCGAACUGAAAAUCCAAGACCUGCGCAGUAAACUCACAUAGCAAAAACAUACUGAACACAUCCCUCAAAACAGGAUAAUGUCCUUUUAGAAUCAUCAUUAUCCAAAAAGAAUUCCGAAAAAUAAAACAUCGAAUAAGGUGUUUAAUAACAAACGUCUGUGCGAGAACUUACUCAGUUCGAUUGCGGAUACGGAAGUGCAAGGAUAUUUUACGGACAAAAAUUCAAAAACAAAUAAUAUUGCAUGUUAAAUCGAUGUUCUUGUCGUCAUAGUCGUCGUUCGUCUUCGUCGUCCUUAGAAUAUUUUCAUUCUUCAUCAAUCGCGAAAGGACAUUAAGAAAAUCAAGAAAAACAAAAAAAGAAGAAAAACAGAACUAAAGCAAAUUCAAUGCUCGAUGUGAAUUUGAAUUUUGAUUUUUCUUAUUUUUCAUUUUCCAAAGAAAACCUUAAAAGUCCUUUGAAAAAAUUUAAACAAAUUCCAAAAUAUCAAACAACAACGAGAAAUACAAAUUCAAAAAGAGAAUUCUAAAAAUUCAAAUUAAACAAAAGAAGAAAAUGUAAAUGUCGUUAGAUCCUUGUCGAAGGAUUUUUUGAUUUUGAUUUUGAUUUUGUUGGUAUGUGUUUUAAUGCUUUUAUGCUGAUGCUGCUUUUGUAAUAAAAAUAAUACAAAAAGAAAAACUAGUGUUUUGUGUGCGUUGUCGUUUUGUCGUGUCGUGUGUCGCCUCAAAAGUUGUCUACGACAAUUGUGAGUGUCCUUAAGCUGAUGCCGCAGUCACAGUCUAAGCACCAGUCUCAGUCUCACAGCUCGUCAAUAUCAAAGUGAAAAGAUAAAAAUAUAUCUUUAUUAUCCUUCAUACGCAUAUGUAACAAAAAAAAAGAAAAAUACAAGAAAAAGAAAUAAAAAUAAAAUAUAGCAAAAGCAAAGCAAAAAGAAAAUAAAAUAAAAUAAAAUAAAAAAAAAAUAAAAAAAGAUAUCCUUGUGAAAAUGUGUAAAUACGUGAUCAAUUUGUGUGCACUCCUCGUGGUAACAUUUGUGGAUAACGUUUAUUCGGAUUACGAAAAUACUUGGAACCUGUACUAUGAACAGCCUUGCUGUGGAGCCUCCAGUGGCCAUCACAUAAGACAUCACAGAGAUCACGUGAGAGACUUCAGUUGCGGCCUACUCUACUACAAGACUUUCCACUUUGAUGAGGCCAACAAUGCUUUGUUCGUUGGUGCUAUGGAUCGAGUCUUUCGACUGAAUCUCCAAAAUAUCAGCCAAUCGAUAUGUGAGAAAGACGUUAUCAUCCUGAAGCCAACUGGAUCAGAUAUUCUUAGUUGUGUGUCAAGAGGCAAACGAGAGAAUUUCGAAUGUCAAAAUCAUAUACGUGUGAUUCAGCAGAUGGACUCGGGUAAUCGUUUAUACAUUUGUGGUACAAAUGCUCACAAUCCAAAGGACUAUGUGAUAUAUGCGAACUUAACACAUUUACCCAGAUCUGAAUACGUGCCAGGAAUUGGUUUGGGCAUUGGAAAAUGUCCCUACGAUCCAUUGGACAAUUCAACGGCCGUUUAUGUGGAAAAAGGCAAUCCUCAUGAUUUGCCAGCUUUGUAUUCGGGGACAAAUGCAGAAUUCACAAAAGCAGACUCAGUGAUUUUUAGAUCGGAUCUGUAUAACUUGACUUCUGGCCGAAAGGAGCAUAAUUUCAAAAGGACACUCAAAUAUGACUCAAAAUGGCUUGACAAACCGAACUUUGUGGGGGCAUUUGAUGUUGGUGAAUAUGUGUAUUUCUUCUUUCGCGAACACGCCGUCGAAUACAUCAACUGCGGAAAAGCCAUCUACUCAAGAAUCGCUCGAGUUUGUAAGAACGAUCGUGGUGGCAAAUAUAUGAUCAGUCAAAAUUGGGCAACUUACUUGAAGGCUCGAAUCAACUGCAGCAUCUCAAGUGAAUUCCCAUUCUAUUUCAAUGAAAUUCAAUCCGUCUACAAAAUGCAGCACGAUGAUACGAAGUUUUAUGCUACCUUUACAACGAAUACACACGGUAUCUUGGGAUCAGCAAUUUGUAGCUACGACAUUAAGGAUAUCAAUUCAGCAUUUGAAGGAAAAUUCAAAGAACAAGCCACAUCUAAUUCCGCAUGGUUGCCUGUGUUGAACUCAAAAGUUCCUGAUCCACGUCCUGGCACAUGUAUCAACGACACUUCAGCCCUUCCGGACUCGGUGUUGAACUUUAUACGAAAACAUCCGCUAAUGGAUAAAGCUGUGGAUCAUGAGUUUGCCAAUCCAGUCUUUUUCAAACGUGAUAUUAUCCUUACCAAAUUGGUGGUCGACAAGAUUCGAAUAGAAAAACUGAAUCAAGAAUAUCUGGUAUAUUUCGCUGGCACGAAUACGGGUAGCAUUUAUAAAAUCGUGCAAUUCAUUAAGUACGGACAACGCCAUUCCAAUUUGCUCGAUAUCCUGGAGAUAGCGAAAAAUGAGCCCAUUAGAGAGAUGGAUCUAAGCCAAAAGACCGGCUCUCUUUAUAUAGCGACAGCGCACAGUGUGAAACAAAUCGACUUGGCAAUGUGCAAUCGACGGUAUGACAGUUGCUUCCGUUGCAUCACAGAUCCGUAUUGCGGCUGGGACAAGGAUGUGGGUGCUUGUCGUCCAUAUCAGUUAGGAUUGCUUCAGGACGUGGGCAAUGAAACAUCAGGCAUUUGUGAUACGAGUGUCCUGAAGAAAAGGAUAACAGCCUCGUAUGGACAAACAUUGCAUUUGUCGUGUUUUGUUCGUUUGCCGGAAGUUCUGCGACAGAAAGCGAUACGAUGGUAUCACCAUUCAACGGAAAAGGGAAGAUACGAAAUCACUUAUACACCAUCGAAGUAUAUUGAAACGUCAGAGGGUGGCUUGGUCCUGAUAUCGAUAAACGAGGGCGACAGCGGUCGUUAUGACAGUUAUUUGGAUGGCACGCUCCUUUGCAGCUAUAGCGUGAAUGUCGAUGCGCACAGGUGUACACCGCCAUCGAAAAAGAAUGAUUACCAGAAAAUUUAUUCACAUUGGUGCAACGAGUUUGAAAAAUACAAGUCCGCGAUGAAACAAUGGCAAGCGACGCAGGAGCAAUGCAACGCCAAGGAGAAGAAAAAUAGCAAACACAUAAACGAUGUACUCAGUGACGAGGCAACAGUCUGACCUCCUGGCAGUAUAACAACAAACAAAAGACUGACGUUUUAGCUUUUGAGAGACAAUAUUACAAUUUUAUUUUCGCAAAAAAAAAAUUAAUUUAAAAAAAUGAAAAAAAUUAAAUUUAACGAAUUCAGUGUAAACUAUCAUUAAAAAAAUAAAAAAAAAACUUCACACUCAAUCACAACAACAAAUAAAAAUAACACAAUCCACACACAGAAAACAUUACAUAACGCAAAAACAAAACAACCACAAUAUAUCUAAAAAAAAUAAAAAAAAACAACAAGAAAACAAAACAAUUCCUGCCAAUAUUUCUCUAUAUACUUCGAUAUAAAACAAAGGAUUAUUUUGCCAACUUGCCUACAGCCUAUAUUAUUACAACAAAAACUCAAAAAAAGAAAAUAUAUUACAAAAAUACAAACUCUCUUAAAAAAACAACAAACAAACUCAAUUGACCCACUGCGCAUAUAAAUAAAUUAACAACAAUUAAAAAAAAAACACAUCGGAACAGGAAGCACCACCUUAUAAAAUAAAAAAACAUUAAAAAAAAACCUACAAAAACGUUUUCAAAACACCAAAAGUUUAAAAACAACAAAAACCUAAAACCCAAAAGCUGCAUCUUCACACAAUAUGAUCAUCCAACAACAACAACCACAACAACA